UCUCCUUCCGGACUCUCCUGCCCUGUGGCGUAGGUCCGGCAUUGACGUCCGACCCCACCUCCUGCGCGCUGGCCCGGAGAGAGGCCGGAGCCGGGCCUGGAGACGUGGCACAGCCUGCAGGAGGCCGCCGCUCCUGGAAUAGGAUGCGGUCGCUCAGGCUCUGGAGUUCACAGACCCGGACAGUAUCCCAUACCUGAAGCAAAAUGAUGGAAGAGAGUGGAAUAGAGACCACACCGCCUGGGACUCCUCUGAAUCCCGCAGCAGUGGCUGCCACUGCCGUGGCUUCACCCCCAGCUGCAGCCAGUUCUUUCUCUUCUCCAAAUGUGUCCGCCGUGGAGCCCUUGCCGCCUCGUGCGUAUUCUACCCCUCAGCCAUCCCACCCUCCUGGGCAGCCACCGGCUCUCGUCUCUCUCUCCGCCACUCCUCCCGUCCCUCCACUUGGUGCUUCUGUGCCCCCUCCGCUUCCUUCAGCUACCGCUGCGACCUCCAGUGACCCUCCUCCCUCCCACUUCCCGCCUGCACCCUGCGCCCCAGGUGCUCUUUUGUCUGCACCUCCUCCGGGUCCUCCCGUGUCAGGCUUCUCUGUUGGGGCAUCUUACGACAUUACACGAGGACACGCGGGAAGAGCACCCCAGACGCCACUGAUGCCAUCAUUUUCUGCACCUCCAGUGACAGGUGUUUUGCCAACCCCUCUUACUCAGCAAGCCAGUCUGAUGUCUGUGGUGCCAGGCGCUGGUACCACGUCAGCCAUUACUUUCCCAGAGGAGCAGGAAGACCCUAGGAUCAGAAGAGGUCAUGAUGAAGCAUCUGCUGGUGGAAUAUGGGGUUUUAUUAAGGGUGUGGCCGGGAAUCCUAUGGUGAAAUCUGUGCUUGAUAAGACAAAGCAUUCAGUAGAAAGCAUGAUUACAACGCUGGACCCUGGCAUGGCUCCUUAUAUCAAAUCUGGAGGUGAACUGGAUAUUGUAGUGACCUCAAAUAAAGAAGUAAAAGUGGCUGCUGUCCGAGAUGCCUUUCAGGAGGUCUUUGGCUUGGCUAUGGUUGUAGGGGAAGCUGGACAGUCCAAUAUUGCCCCACAACCCGUGGGCUAUGCAGCUGGAUUAAAAGGUGCCCAGGAACGCAUAGAUAGCUUGCGUCGAACUGGAGUAAUCCAUGAAAAACAGACUGCUGUGUCGGUAGAAAACUUCAUUGCAGAGUUGCUGCCUGACAAGUGGUUUGACAUUGGGUGUUUGGUAGUAGAAGAUCCUGUUCAUGGCAUUCGUCUAGAAACCUUUACCCAAGCCACACCGGUGCCUUUGGAGUUUGUACAGCAGGCUCAGAGUCUAACUCCCCAGGACUACAAUCUGCGGUGGUCAGGCCUUUUGGUAACAGUGGGCGAAGUCUUGGAAAAGAGUGUACUAAAUGUCAACCGGACUGACUGGCACGCAGCUUUUACUGGCAUGUCGCGUCGGCAGAUGAUCUACAGUGCGGCCAAAGCCAUCGCGGGCAUGUACCGGCAGCGCCUGCCACCCCGCACCAUGUGAGGGUGACUCUUCCCUUCCCACUGGCUGUUCAAGAAGGGAUCAUGCCUUCUUCAAUGAAUCUAAUGGUUUUUAUAAUUUUCCUGUAGACUGCCAUUUUUUUUCCCCCUAGAAAGGCAUGGUAUCAUUCCAA